AUGAACCACGACGGGGAUCCCGUCAGGGCAACUACUUCUUCUCCGGCCCCUCUGGCCACCUUUCCGGCUGCCCACCUGCCCAAGGGCUUGGAACAGGCCAGGAAGAUCCAUAGGAUGCCAAGGGCCUGCAGCAGAGACUGCCACUGCCUGUGCCACCCCGAGGAGCAGGAGCUGAUGUGGCAUUAUCUGGGCAUCGCACAAACCUUGGUGAACCACUGCCCCAGCAGGGACCUGCAGCUGGGGCCCCGCCUGAGGCAGCUUGCCAGGGGGUUGCGGUUGUGCCAGACUCAGUUGGAGGGCCAGGAGGGCAUCUCCUCUCAGCUGGCACUUGGCCGAGACACCCUGCAGCCGGACGUCACGGACUUUGCCAGCAACAACUGGCAGCAGCCUCGCCGGACCGGCGCCAUCCUGGUCCUGGACAACCUGCAGGGCUUCCUGGAGCUGGCCCAGGCCCCUACCAUCCCCGGGCCAGAUGGGCACGUGGACCCCUGGUGA